UUGUGCAAUUACAACUAAACAUAAGGCAAAUGUUGUCUGUGGUGUUGUUGAUAAGCUUCGUGCUGGGAUGUCAGGGGGUCCCAGCAGUGAAACCGAAUGCAGAAGAUCUAGACUGCCUAACAGUAAAGAUAUCAAGAAAUGAAGCUGGAAAACCUAUUGCGUGUGAACGACAUUGCAAACCUAAGGAAGGGGUGGCCCAUGCGUUUUUCUAUCCGUGCCUACAGCCCAUGUACAAGUGUAAAAGAAUGGCUAUAGGACAAUGUGGCUUUCCAGUUUGCGCUUGUCAUGACAGCCAGGGUGUAUCACAACUAGGCACUGGCAAACGAUUCCUUAACGGCGACCAGUACUCUUGCACGUGUUCUGAAAAUGUCGACUACCACAAACAUUGCGGUGCUAAAUGCAAGGAACUCUAUAAGAGCAAAGUGACACUCAUUCCUCUGUUGCCUGCUUUGCCACCGCCACCGCCACCACCACCGCCACCAAGACCGUCUUUCGACGAAAGCCAAGAURUAGAGAAGAUGAAUCUUGUUGUCGGAGAUAGCACAACUGACUAAAGUUGUGAUGGGUUUUGAUAUACAAAAAUAAUGAGUUCUACUCUACGAAUGCUUGGUUGUAAUAUGGAUGUCGUAUAAUUWUAUUAAAUAAAAUGAAC